CUUCACUAUUUAGAGUGGAACUAGAGACUUAAUCAUAGAAGAACUUCCAUGGCGAGACGAACAAUACCAAUUCUGAAGCAACUCCUUCAAAAGUCAUCAGCCUCCACUCCAUCCAACCCUAUGGUUCUAGGGCUUGGGUUACGUUUUGAGCCAAAAAGGCCUGUAACCUACAUGCCCCGACCUGGUGAUGGAACUCCUAGAGCUGUGACAUUAAUUCCAGGUGAUGGAAUUGGUCCUCUUGUCACAAAUGCAGUUGAGCAGGUCAUGGAGGCAAUGCAUGCACCAGUAUAUUUUGAAAAAUAUGAAGUUUAUGGCAAUAUGAAAGAAGUUCCUGAAGAGGUGCUCAGUUCAAUCAAGAAAAAUAAGGUCUGCUUGAAAGGAGGUUUGGCCACUCCAGUUGGAGGAGGUGUCAGCUCAUUGAAUGUUCAAUUGAGAAGGGAACUUGAUAUCUAUGCAUCACUUGUACAUUGUUUCAAUCUGCCUGGACUUCCAACAAGGCAUGAGAAUGUCAAUAUUGUUGUGAUUCGGGAGAAUACAGAAGGGGAAUAUUCGGGGCUUGAGCAUGAGGUAGUUCCUGGUGUAGUUGAGAGCCUCAAGGUGAUUACAAAGUUCUGUUCAGAGCGGAUUGCAGAAUAUGCUUUUGAGCAUGCUUACCUAAACAACAGGAAGAAAGUAACAGCUGUGCAUAAAGCCAACAUUAUGAAGGUUGCAGAUGGUCUAUUUUUAGAAUCUUGCCGUGAAGUUGCAACAAGAUAUCCUGGAAUAAUGUACAAUGAAAUUAUUGUGGACAACUGCUGCAUGCAACUUGUUUCAAAGCCUGAGCAAUUUGAUGUCAUGGUGACACCUAAUCUUUAUGGCAAUCUAGUGGCAAAUACAGCAGCUGGUAUUGCUGGAGGCACUGGUUUCAUGCCAGGAGGCAAUGUUGGGGCUGAUCAUGCCAUUUUUGAGCAAGGUGCUUCAGCCGGCAAUGUAGGAAACCCUAAAUUGUUGGAACAGAAGAAGGCAAACCCAAUAGCUCUGCUUCUCUCAUCUUCCAUGAUGCUGAGGCAUCUCCAAUUUCCGUCAUUUGCUGAUCGAUUGGAGACUGCUGUGAAACGUGUAAUUUCAGAUGGCAAGUACCUCACAAAAGAUUUUGGAGGAGACAGUACCACUCAAGAGGUCGUUGAUGCAGUAAUUGCUGCACUGGACUGAAAAUUUUCCAUACUUGGUCCUUUCUCUUCCUAAAGACCAUCUUUUGGGUCAGAUUCUACAUCAUUAUUGAGAUUUCCAAAUUUGAUGGCAUGAUAAUCUUUGCCAUCUUUU